UAACUUUAUAAGAUUUAUUUCAUUUAAAUCUUAUAUCUGAUUUAUAACUAUAUUUAAAUAUAAAAUUAGCCCCGCACAUAUUACUUUCAAGCUUUUAAAGAUAGGAAUAUUAUUUAGAAACUUUAUUUAGUUUCACCCAAAUCCUUAAAUUGUUUAUUAUUGCUAGUUUAAACUGACAGUUGACGUUUGUAAUUGUGAGGUUAUAAUAUUGUUUAUCGCCCAUGUGCUUAAACGGUUUCAUAAGUAUACAUUUUAUCUAAACAACUACUUAAAAUGAUUCGACGACAGGCACGUUUACGGAGAGAAUAUUUAUAUAGAAAAACAGUCGAGGACCGACAAAAAUCUAUACAGGAUAAGAAAAAUCGAAUUAAAAAAAGUCUUGAGCAACACACAACAAUCCAUGGAGACCUUCAGAAAAAGGCACUUCAUUACGCGAAGAAAAUAGAAUGGGAAGAUGCAGGACCAGAAGCAGCUGCUAGACUUGGCGGAGAAAGUGGAGGAGCCGUAGCAAAUUCUCAAGACGACGAAUACAGAUACGCGGGAGUAGAGGAUCCGAAAAUAGUGAUAACAACAUCCAGAGAUCCAAGUUCCAGGCUAAAAAUGUUUGUCAAGGAACUUAGAUUGAUUUUUCCCAACGCUCAAAGAAUGAAUCGCGGUAAUUACGAAAUGAAACAACUAAUACAUGCUUGUAGAGCUAACGACGUGACCGAUUUCAUAGUUGUUCAUGAACACAGAGGUGUACCUGAUGGAUUAGUUAUAUGCCAUCUGCCGUACGGUCCAACGGCUUAUUUUAACAUUUCAGAUGUUGUUAUGAGACAUGAUAUACCUGAUAUAGGAACAGUUUCUGAACAGUAUCCUCAUUUGAUAUUCCACAAUUUCAAGACUCCUUUAGCUGAACGUACUAUGAAUAUUUUGAAGUAUUUGUUUCCUGUUCCAAAAGAUGAUUCAAAAAGAGUCAUUACUUUUGCUAACCAUGAUGAUUAUAUAAGUUUUAGGCAUCAUACUUAUAAAACUGUAGAUAGGCAGAUUGAAUUGAAUGAAGUGGGCCCUAGAUUUCAAUUGAGGCUGUAUGAAAUUAAAUUAGGUACUUUGGAUAAUGUGGAUUCGGCAGAUACAGAAUGGGCGCUUCGUCCUUAUAUGAAUACAACAGUGAAAAGAAGAUUUUUUAGUGAUGAAGACGGUUGGAAGCAAGAUGAAGAUGUUUCAUAAGCUAAAUUAUGUUUUGUUUAAUAAAAACAAUUUUCACAAUUUGUGUUUUAAUUGAUUAGAAAAAAAUUAUCUACCAAAAUGUUUCUUAUCAUAUUAAAAGAAUAGAAAAGUCUUUUUAUAUUUUUUUCGCCUUAAGGGUGUAACUUUUUCAACGUUUCUUUCGUUGUUUCCAAGAAAAAUUAGGAAUUAUACAUUUUAUAGAUUUCGCAGUGACUGGUAUUUCAAGAAGUGGAAGGGUAAGAAAAAAAUCAUCAAAAUUGAUGGACUUUGAAUCUCCAGAUGAAAUUGAUAGAACUUUUAAUAAAAGAUCUCCGGCUGUAAAUAGAAAACCGGAUGUUUAUGAAAGUUCUUUAAAAAAAUCCAAGUAUGAUGAGGUAAAUUCAUUUUAAUGACAUAUCUGUCACAAUUAAUAUUUUUUUCUUAUACUUUAUGUGUAUUUCAUAAGUUUUAUUAUAAUUUCAGAUGUAUUCAAAAGAUGAUAAUUAUGAUAUGGAAGAUAGUGGAUCAGAAUACAACAGUGAAUAUGAACCGAAUGCAAAUGCUACAGAAUCGAGCAUUGAAGAUUCGGUUGAAUCAGAAAGUGAUUUUGAAGAUACCGAAGGAUUUAGAAGACUUGAUUCAAGUUCAUCAAAAAGGAAA